GUUUUUCUAACAUACGCUCGUUCGACAGCAAAACGUUUGUUUUGGUUUGAAUUCUUAGGUUUGAAUUGCUCGAUUGUGAACUGUUUAUUUUUGUGUUGUUCAUAACAUGUCCGAACGUAAAGUAUUAAAUAAAUACUAUCCACCGGAUUUCGAUCCGUCGAAAAUCCCGCGGGUUAAACUCCCGAAAAAUCGCCAAUAUACGGUCCGCUUGAUGGCCCCCUUCAAUAUGCGCUGCGUAACAUGCGGAGAGUACAUUUACAAGGGCAAAAAAUUUAACGCUCGCAAGGAGGACGUGGAAAACGAGGACUAUCUGGGGAUCCGCAUUUAUCGUUUCUACAUCAAGUGCACUCGCUGUCUGCAGGAGAUAUCGUUCAAAACUGAUCCUCGGAAUACAGACUACGAGAUAGAGGCGGGAGCCACCAGGAAUUUCAUGGCACUGAAACUGGCGGAAGAGCAGGCGCGAAGAGAGGAGGAAGAAGCUCGCGAAGAAGAAGCAACAAACCCGAUGAAACUGUUGGAGAAUCGAACCCAGCAGUCGAGGAACGAGAUCGAGCUGCUGGAAUCGCUGGAGGAGCUGAGGGAUUUGAACCGGCGACAACAGGAUGUCGACUACGACACAAUGCUGCAGCAGUACGAUCCGACCGAGUCGAUUCGGGAGCGGGAGGAAAGAUUGGAACGGCAGGAUGAAGAGUAUAUCAAAUCGGUUAAAUUCCAAUCCCGCCCUGCCGGCAGUGGUAGCCUGAAGCGAGUUGCCGCAGAGGAAAUCAUCGAAGAGAUCAAGCAGGAACCGGAUGGGAGCGGCACCAGACUGGCAGCUGUUGAAUCAACUCUGCCUUCCACGAUGUCGGCCACUGCUGGUGGUAGCAAGGUGAAAAAGUUGGACAACACCAGCAGCAGCAGCAGCAGCUUCAGCAUUGGGGUGAGAAAAAGUUCGUUGAGUAAUUUGGUCGUUAAGAAGAAGCAACAGCAGCCUCUCGCUGCUGCUGCUGCUGGUACUACUACUACUGUCACGGCGCCCGCAGCAGUCGAUGUUGAGGGCGUUGUGGUGAGAACGGCUAAAGAAACCGAAAACAACCCACCCAUUAUGGGGGCGCGCGGUGCUGACAAGCGGACAGAGUUAAGUACAAGUAAAACAGUUGGCGGAACAACAACGGCAACAAGCGGUAACAACAGUUCGGCUAUUGUUGCUGUUGGCUCUGGGACAGCGGUUAGCGGAUUAGGCCUGCUGGGGGCUUACUCGGACAGUGAAAACUCUUCCGAUGGCAAUGAGUGAACGUGGUUUUGUCCGUGAUCGAUUGGACGGAUUUUAUGAUGGGGAGCUUAAUUGUUUGCUUUCGUGGAGAACGCAUUAAAAGUUGCUUUGACAUAGCAGUGAUGUUUAUUUGAUCCUCUAAGAACGAAGUGCCCGUACGUUAAUUAUUGUAAUCAAUAUUCAGCGAGAAUAGAGCAACACAAAAACACCAUUCGUCAAACCAA